CGCGGUGAGGAGAGGUAACUGUGGGCGGUGUUUGAUUAACACGGGCGGCCAUUUUCCCGCCGGACGCUCCAAUUUCAUUGUGUGAGAGACAUUAAAUACUGAGGCUGCGAGAGACUAAAACAGCACAUUUAAACGAAAUUAACUGCCGUUCCUCUCAGCUCGACCAGGACCUUGACCCCGCAUCAGCAUGGCUCGAACCAAGCAGACCGCCCGCAAAUCCACCGGGGGGAAGGCGCCCCGCAAGCAGCUCGCCACCAAGGCAGCCCGCAAGAGCGCGCCCUCCACCGGCGGAGUGAAGAAACCGCAUCGCUACAGGCCCGGUACUGUGGCUCUGCGUGAGAUCCGCCGGUACCAGAAGUCCACAGAGCUGCUGAUCCGCAAGCUUCCGUUCCAGCGCCUGGUGAGGGAGAUCGCGCAGGACUUCAAGACCGACCUGCGCUUCCAGAGCGCCGCCAUCGGAGCCCUGCAGGAGGCCAGCGAGGCGUACCUGGUCGGGCUCUUUGAGGACACCAACCUGUGUGCCAUCCACGCCAAGAGAGUCACCAUCAUGCCCAAAGACAUCCAGCUGGCACGCCGCAUCCGCGGAGAACGCGCCUAGAACGCGCCUAGAACACGGCGACCAGCGGGGGGAAAAUAAAACCAAGACAAAAGCAACAACAAAAUAUACAUAUAUACCUUUUUACAAAUAAAAAUAAUAAUAAUCUUGGUGUUGUUAUCCAGUAGGGAUAUGAUUUCCGGUUGAUUCUCUGCCUGCUAUCCUUCCUGCCUGUGUGUUUUUAGUUGCUUGAUCAUCAUGGUGAGUAGUCUGUGGCUUCGCAGAGUUUCUGUUGUGUUGUUUUAGGGUGCGUGCAGCAGCACAUUGUGUAGUUUUUAUGCUCAGAUUCUCCUUGGUGCAGUCUUGCGGUUUGACAGACGGCAGGUUUUGCAUCAGCCCGAUAAUAAAUUAGUCUACCGUGGAAACGUGA